AGUCGGUGCCGGCCAGCCCGGAAGGCUGAGGGGCCGUGACUGGGUUGGACCUUGUCAGAAGGGGGUAGCCUAGUGGGCCUGUGUCGGGGUGGGUCGGGGCGGCCGGCACCAUGUCGAGGCAGGCGAACCGUGGCACCGAGAGCAAGAAAAUGAGCUCUGAGCUCUUCACCCUGACUUACGGGGCUCUGGUCACGCAACUAUGCAAGGACUAUGAAAAUGAUGAAGAUGUGAAUAAACAGCUGGACAAAAUGGGCUAUAACAUUGGAGUUCGGCUGAUUGAAGAUUUCUUGGCACGGUCAAAUGUGGGGAAGUGCCACGACUUUCGGGAAACUGCAGAUGUCAUCGCCAAGGUAGCAUUCAAGAUGUAUUUGGGCAUCACUCCGAGCAUCACCAAUUGGAGCCCAGCUGGUGACGAAUUCUCCCUCAUUUUGGAAAAUAACCCCUUGGUGGACUUUGUGGAACUUCCUGAUAACCACUCAUCCCUUAUUUAUUCCAAUCUCUUGUGUGGGGUGUUGCGGGGAGCCUUGGAGAUGGUCCAGAUGGCUGUAGAGGCCAAGUUUGUCCAGGACACCCUGAAAGGAGAUGGUGUGACAGAAAUCCGGAUGAGGUUCAUCAGGCGGAUUGAGGACAAUCUCCCAGCUGGAGAGGAAUGACCGUCCCCAGGACUUCAGGGUAGCCAGCAGGAGUACUGGUUGGAAUCUGAAAGCCUCAGUGCUCCCUCUGCCCUCUAGAACUCAGUGACUCUUUAACACGGAUGUUAUAUAUUCUUCUAACCUUGUUUCCAUUCUCCAUGCUAGUAAAGAGCAGACUGUGACAUAGUCCAUUUACCCCACAAGCGUGCAUUCAGGAGGGAAACCCUUUGCUCCCUUUCCCUUCAGAGGGGAUAGAUGUAGUAAUCCUUGGUUGGACUAGAAAGAGCUCAACCAUUUUACAUUCCUGUUUGAAUUUUCCAAAGCAAAACCCACUUUGACCCCUUUAAGAGGCAAGCCUAGCACAUCUAUCCCUGGGCCUUCAGAAAGCCAUUGGCGCCUGGCUGUAGGGACCCAGGUUUGUGGGGUGGGGA